AUGGCAUCACCCGCGGCUGCUCUGGAAGCUCGAAGCUUUCGGGAAGUCCCGAUCCUUUGCCUAACCACAGGCGCCAACUUGAAGGCAGCAGGCACUUUAGAAUUAGAGGAGGAAGAAGAGGAGGAGGAGGAAGAGACCCGGAGAGCGCGGAGUUUUGCCCAGGACGCUCGGGUGCGAUUCCUGGGAGGCCGCCUGGAGCAGAUGUUGAGGCUUCCGGAGGAGAACUGGAGUCAGUUUCUGGAGAGUCCGGACAACCGGCAGGAUCUGGGGGAGUUUCUGGAGAGUGCGAGCCCCGCCUGCCUUCUGUUCAGCACAGCUGCCUCGGGGCGGCUCGCGGUCUCCUGGCAGAUUCCAAGAAAUGCCAAACACAAACUUGUUUAUAUUGCCAAGAAGAUUACUGAAAGCACUGAAGUAAAUGAUUACACGCAAACUUUUUUAUUUGGAGAGUUACCUACAUCAUCUCUUGGACAUGUAACUGCUUUCCUAGAUGAGAUUUUAGUACCAAUUCUUUGUAAUAAGAGCAACCAUAAAUCCUGGUCCUGUUUCAUUUCACAAGAUAUGGAAUGUCACAUAGAAGUCAUGAAAUAUAAAAUACACAUGUUUAGGGGCAAAAUAACAGGAAGAACUCUCCUACCUAUUCCCUCGAUUGCAAGAAAGAUUGGCAUGGAUCUGAAUUAUCCAGAAACCAAGCUAGAGGCGAACGAAAGAAUAAUACUCCAUGCAAUUGAAUCUGUUAUUAUUAAAUGGUCACAUCAAAUUCAAGAAAUUGUAGAGAAAAAUUCUGCACAGCCUUUGCUAAAUGGUCUUCACUUGACUCCUCAAGCUGAGCUAAAUUUCUGGAAGAUGAGGAGAGAGAAUCUAUCAAACAUAUAUGAUCAACUCCAGACUCCUAUUGUUUUUGAAAUGGUUAAGAUCCUGAAAAUGAAACAAAGCAGCUACUUUCCAACUUUGAAAGACAUUUUCACAACUGUGGAAAAUGCUCUUCUGGAAGCACAGGAUGUGGAACUUUACCUGAGACCACUGAGGAGACACAUUCAGUGUCUCCAGGAGACGGAAUUCCCACAAAUGCAUAUGUUAAUCACCCCACUAUUUCAUACCAUCUGUCUGAUCUGGAGUCAUUCGAAGUUUUAUAAUACCCCUUCUCGGAUUAUAGUUUUAUUGCAAGUGUUUUGUAAUCUCUUCAUUGACCAGGCAAUAGCUUUCCUUUCACCUGAAGACCUCUUGAAGGGAGAAAUUGAAGACUCACUGGAGAAGGUGCAGGUUGCCAUUCACAACUUAAAGACUUUAAAAAACUCUUUUUUCACCUAUCAAAAUGGUCUGGCAUGCUAUUUCAAAGGAAACAAAGAGCUGAAACCUUGGGAUUUCCAGUCUCACCUAGUGUUUUCCAGAUUUGACAACUUUCUCUGCCGUUUAAUGAAAAUAGAGGAUAUAUUUGUCACCAUAUUGGAAUUUGAAAAGCUGGAAAGACUUGAAUUUGGUGGUACCCGAGGAGCAAUUUUAAAUGACCAAAUCUUCGAGAUGAAUGAAGAGUUCCUGGAUCUUUGUAAAGUUUUUAAACAGAGCACGUAUGACCCAUUUGAUUACCAUAACACGGAAUUUGAAAGUGAUUAUGUUGUGUUUAAAUCCAGAAUUUUGGAUUUUGACAGAAGACUUGGAACAAUUCUAUGUGAAGGUUUCUUUAACUGCAAUGGUUUAGAAGCUGUGUUUAAGCUUUUGACCGUAUUUGGGAAUUUUCUGGAGAAACCAGUUGUCAUGGAAAUUUUCAGCCCACAUUAUAGCACACUAGUGCACAUGUUUAAUGUAGAGUUGGAUACGUGUAAGAAUUUGUAUAAUGAACACACAAAACAGAUUGAACAUGGAGAUGUAAGUCUUCACAAGAAUAUGCCGUUUACCUCAGGCAACAUCAAGUGGGCCAAAGAGGUUCUUGAACGACUUCAGAUGUUCUGGUCAAACUUUACAUCUCUUCAUUAUCUAUUCUUGGAAAGUCCUGAUGAUGCCUUAGUUUAUCAGAACUAUGUUGAAAUGACAACUUUACUAGAACAAUUUCAAACUCGGAUCUAUGAUAAAUGGAAAAGUGAUGUGGAUGAAAUCUGUGAGUUCAAUCUGAACCAACCUUUGAUUAAAUACAAUGCCACAGAUGGUCUUCUCAGUGUCAACUUUGAUCCAAAGCUAGUAGCUGUGUUGAGGGAAGUGAAAUACCUUCAGAUGUUGAAGAAAUCAGACAUACCGGAUUCCGCCUUAGCCAUCUUUAAGAAAAGAAGUACUAUUUUAAAGUACAUUGCAAGUCUUGAACUUCUUGUGCAAGGGUAUAAUAAGCUGAAGCAGACCCUUGUCGAAGUUGAAUACCCACUGGUUGUGGAUGAACUGAGAGCUGUGGAUGACCAACUGAAGGAAGCUGCGACGUCACUCACCUGGCAGGAUGACUGCUGGGAAUACAUUGAGAAGGUGAAGAUGAGCGCCUCUGAGCUGGAGCACCGGGUUCAACAGACUCAGAGCAACGUUCUAGUGAUCCAGCAAAUGAUGAGCACCUGGGCUGAGUGCACGCUUCUUCCCAGGAGGGAGCACAGGAAGGAGACCCCCUUUACUCUGGAGGACAAGGGUGAUGCCUUUGCUAAAAAAUACAGGCUAAUCCAGGAAGACGGCUGCAAGAUACACAACUUGGUAGAGGAAAAUAGGAAACUCUUCAAAGCCAAUCCUUGUCUGGAUACUUGGAAGAUUUAUGUAGAAUUCAUCGAUGACAUCGUGGUAGAAGGCUUUUUUCAAGCUAUAAUGCAUGACUUGGAUUUCUUUCUGAUAAAUACAGAGAAACAAUGGAAACCUGUACCAUUUUUUCAAGUACAAAUGAUCCUCAUGCCUCCUGAGAUUGUGUUUAAGCCUUCCUUAGAAAGAGAUGCUGGUGAUGGUCUCUAUGACCUGGUAGAAGAAAUGCUAUGCAAUAGCUUUAGAAUGUCUGCCCACAUGCAGAGAGUAGCAUCCCAUCUGGAAAUAGCAAAUUAUCAGAUUGAUAUGGAUAACAUGCUAGGCCUGGUAGAAGCCAGGCAGGAGAUAAUGAACAGAGUAGCGGAUGUCAUCAAAAAGGUCUUAGACUUCAGAAAUACCCUGGAGACCUACGCUUACCUCUGGGUGGAUGAGCGAGCUGAAUUCAUGAAGCAUUUUCUCCUGUAUGGCCAUACUGUAACAUCAGAGGAAAUGGAUGCUCAUGCAAAUGAGGAAAUUCCUGAGCAGCCGCCAACUAUUGAGCAAUUCAAAGAACAGAUUGACACUUACGAAGCCUUGUAUGUUCAGAUGAGCAAAUUUGAUGACUUCAGAGUCUUUGAUAGUUGGUUCAAGGUGGACAUGAAACCUUUCAAAGUGAGCUUGCUAAGCAUCAUCAAGAAAUGGAGCUGGAUGUUUCAGGAGCACCUUUUAAGAUUUGUCAUCGACAGCCUGAAUGAGCUACAAGAAUUUAUAAAGGAGACAGAUGUAGGACUUCAAAAAGAGUCAAAUGAAGGUGGUCACGAUGGUUUGGUUGACAUCAUGGGGCAUCUUCUGGCUGUGAGGAGUCGACAGAGAGCUACUGAUGAACUCUUUGAACCACUAAAAGAAACCAUCAUGCUCUUGGAAAGCUAUGGACAGAAGAUGCCAGAACAAGUCUACUUUCAGCUGGAGGAAUUACCUGAAAGAUGGGAAAUUACCAAAAAGAUUGCUGCAACUGUCAGACAUGAAGUUUCUCCUCUCCAAAAUGCAGAGGUCACUCGUAUACGAAAGAAAUGCGUUUUGUUUGAUGCAAAACAGUCCGAGUUCAGAGAAAGAUUUAGAUGCUAUGCUCCUCUUGACUUCAAUGCAGAGAAUCCAUAUACAAUGCUUGACAAGGCAAAUCAAGAGCUUGAAGCACUAGAAGAAGAAAUGUUGCAGAUGCAAGAAUCGACUCAUCUGUUUGAAGUGCCUCUUCCAGAGUACAAGCAAAUGAAGCAGUGUCGUAAAGAGAUAAAAUUGCUCAAGGGACUCUGGGAUGUCAUUGUUUAUGUUAGAAGAAGCAUUGAUAAUUGGACUAAAACCCAGUGGAGACAGAUUAAUGUGGAACAGAUGGAUGUAGAACUCAGAAGGUUUGCCAAGGAAAUCUGGUCACUAGACAAGGAGGUCCGUGUCUGGGAUGCUUAUACAAGUCUUGAAGGGUCCGUGAAGGACAUGGCCACCUCCCUGAGAGCCAUCACGGAGCUACAGAGCCCUGCCCUCAGGGACAGGCAUUGGCACCAGCUAAUGAACACCAUUGGGGUCAGUUUUUCAAUAAAUGAAGCCACAACAUUGGCAGAUUUGUUAGCAUUGCAGCUGCACAAAGUGGAAGAUGAUGUACGAAGCAUUGUGGACAAAGCAGUGAAAGAACUGGGAACUGAAAAGGUUAUUACUGAGAUCAGUCACACUUGGGCAACCAUGGAGUUUUCCUAUGAAGUUCACUAUCGGACAGAAAUUCCAGUACUAAAAUCUGAUGAACAACUGUUUGAAACUCUUGAGCACAACCAAGUUCAGUUACAGACUCUUCUUCAAAGCAAGUAUGUGGAAUAUUUCAUUGAGCAAGUCUUAAGCUGGCAAAAUAAGUUAAACAUAGCAGACUCAGUCAUUUUUACUUGGAUGGAAGUCCAGCGAACAUGGUCUCACCUGGAAAGCAUCUUUGUCUGCUCAGAAGACAUUCGAACCCAGCUUGUGGAAGAUGCUAGAAGAUUCGAUGGGAUAAAUGCAGAAUUUCAGGAGUUAAUGUUUAAUGCAGCUAAAAUAAAAAAUGUUUUAGAAGCAACAUGCAGACCCAAUCUCUAUGAGAAACUUAAAGAUUUGCAGUAUAGGCUUUCUCUUUGUGAAAAAGCUCUUGCCGAAUACCUGGAAACCAAGCGGAUAGCUUUUCCUCGAUUCUACUUCAUCUCUUCUGCCGACUUACUUGACAUUCUCUCAAAGGGAGCUCAGCCUAAACAGGUAACGCGCCACCUUGCCAAGCUCUUUGAUAGCAUUGCAAAUCUUCAGUUUGAAGACCAUCAGAACGUGUCGGCCCACAGAGCCAUUGGAAUGCACAGCAAAGAAAAGGAGUAUGUCCCAUUUCAAGCGGAGUGUGCAUGCAUAGGCCAUGUGGAGAUGUGGCUUCUGCAGCUCGAGCUGACCAUGCAGAACACAGUGCGGCAUUCUAUCACAGAAGCCAUAGCAGCCUACGAGGAAAAGCCUAGGGAACUGUGGAUUUUUGAUUUCCCAGCUCAAGUUGCACUAACUAGCUCACAAAUAUGGUGGACUACAGACGUAGGAAUUGCCUUCAGCCGACUGGAAGAAGGCUAUGAAACAGCACUCAAGGAUUUCCAUAAAAAACAGAUUUCUCAGUUGAACACACUGAUUGCACUUUUGCUGGGAGAACUUACACCUGGAGACAGGCAGAAGAUCAUGACGAUUUGCACCAUCGACGUCCACGCCAGAGAUGUGGUGGCAAAGCUCAUUUCUCAGAAGGUUGUCAGUCCCCAAGCUUUUGCUUGGUUGUCUCAACUUCGUCACCAGUGGGAGGACACCCAGAAACACUGCUUUGUUAAUAUUUGUGAUGCCCAGUUCCAGUACUUCUAUGAAUACUUAGGAAACAGUCCUCGACUUGUGAUCACUCCACUAACUGACAGGUGUUAUAUUACCUUGACUCAGUCACUUCAUCUAACCAUGAGUGGAGCUCCAUCUGGCCCAGCUGGUACAGGGAAAACAGAAACCACCAAAGAUCUUGGACGAGCCCUUGGCAUGAUGGUUUAUGUAUUCAACUGUUCAGAGCAAAUGGACUAUAAAUCCAUAGGAAAUAUCUACAAGGGAUUGGUGCAGACAGGAGCUUGGGGCUGCUUUGAUGAGUUCAAUCGAAUUGCUGUGGAAGUUCUAUCAGUGGUGGCAGUACAGGUGAAAAUGAUCCAUGAUGCCAUCAGAAACAAGAAGAAGAGAUUUGUAUUUCUUGGGGAAGUGAUCACACUGAAGUCAUCGGUUGGAAUAUUUAUUACGAUGAACCCAGGAUAUGCUGGUCGAACAGAAUUACCGGAAAAUCUCAAAGCUCUUUUCAGACCCUGUGCUAUGGUGACUCCAGACAUUGAGCUAAUCUGUGAAAUCAUGUUAGUUGCUGAAGGUUUUGUGGACGCGCGCUCAUUAGCCCGAAAGUAUAUUACGUUGUACAGGCUCUGCAGGGAACUCCUUUCCAAGCAGGAUCAUUAUGAUUGGGGACUUCGUGCUAUUAAGUCUGUCUUGGUUGUAGCUGGCUCCCUGAGACGAGGAGAUAAAAAUAGGCCUGAAGAUCAGGUUCUUAUGAGAGCACUGAGAGAUUUCAAUAUGCCUAAAAUCGUGACUGAUGACAUCCCGGUGUUCCUGGGCCUGGUCAGUGACCUGUUUCCUGCCCUGGAAGUGCCCCGGAAGAGGAUACCGCACUUUGAACAGAUGGUCAGGCAGUCCACCCUGGAGCUCCGCCUGCAGCCUGAGGAGAGCUUCAUCCUCAAAGUGGUCCAGCUUGAGGAACUGUUGGCUGUACGGCACUGUGUCUUUGUGGUUGGCAAUGCGGGCACAGGUAAAAGUAAGAUUUUGAGAACACUAAACCGAACAUAUGCUAACUUGAAACAGAAACCCACUUGGAAUGACUUAAACCCUAAAGCUGUGAUAACAGAUGAACUCUUUGGUUUCAUACAUCAUGCUACCCGGGAAUGGAAAGACGGCAAGUGGUGUUUCCUCUUCUGAACUAACAACUCUUAAUUUACAGGUCUCUUCUCAUCCAUUCUGAGAGAACAAGCCAAUCUUAUGCAUGAUGGACCAAAAUGGAUAGUCCUGGAUGGCGAUAUUGAUCCCAUGUGGAUUGAAUCACUAAAUACAGUCAUGGAUGAUAACAAGGUGCUGACCCUGGCCAGCAAUGAGCGGGUGGCCCUGACGCCCUGCAUGCGGCUUCUGUUUGAGAUACAUCACUUAAGGACAGCCACCCCAGCUACUGUUUCCAGGGCUGGAAUUCUGUAUGUGAACCCACAAGAUUUGGGUUGGAAUCCGUAUGUGGCCAGUUGGAUCGACAGAAGGCGGCAUCAAUCAGAAAAGGCCAACUUAACUAUUCUUUUUGAUAAGUAUGUUCCUGCAUGUUUGGAUAAGCUGAGAACAAGCUUUAAAACCAUCACUUCGAUUCCAGAAAAUAGCCUGGUGCAGACAAUUUGUGCUCUUUUGGAGUGUCUGUUGACACCUGAAAAUGUACCUUCGGACAGCCCCAAAGAAGUUUACGAAGUCUAUUUUGUCUUUGCUUGUAUCUGGGCAUUUGGAGGCACUCUACUACAAGAUCAGCUUUCCAACUACCCAGCUGAAUUCAGUCGUUGGUGGCAUAAAGAGAUGAAAGCAGUGAAGUUUCCAUCCCAGGGAACAAUCUUUGAUUAUUAUCUGGACCACAAAACUAAGAAAUUCUUGCCUUGGGCUGAUAAAAUCCCGCAGUUUACCAUGGAUCCAGAGGUACCUCUGCAGACAGUUUUUGUUCACACGUCAGAGACAACUUGUCUUAAAUAUUUUAUAGAUUUGUUGCUUGAAAAAGGAAAACCACUAAUGCUAGUUGGAAAUGCUGGAGUGGGGAAAACAGUCUUUGUAGGUGACACCCUUGCAAGUCUCUCUGAGGAUUAUGUGGUGUCCCGGGUGCCUUUCAACUACUACACAACAUCCGCAGCUCUGCAAAAGAUUCUUGAGAAACCACUAGAGAAAAAGGCUGGUCGUAACUAUGGUCCAGUAGGAAAUAAAAAAUUGGUUUAUUUUAUUGACGAUCUGAACCUGCCUGAAGUGGACUUCUAUGGUACUAUCCAGCCUCACACGCUGAUUCGACAGCAUAUUGACUAUGGACACUGGUAUGAUAGACAGAAGGUGAUGCUUAAAGAAGUGCACAAUUGCCAGUAUGUUACCUGCAUGAAUCCACUGGUGGGCAGUUUCACCAUCAAUCCUAGACUACAGAGACAUUUCACAGUAUUUGCAUUCAAUUUUCCAUCUUUGGAUGCACUAAACACCAUCUAUAGCCAAAUCCUUGGUUCCCAUUUCCACCAGCAAGCAUUUGGUCCAUCUAUUCUCAGGAGCAGCUCUGCUGUGAUCCAAGCAACAAUAGCAUUCCAUCAAAUGAUGGUGCAUAGCUUUCUACCCACUGCUGUUCAAUUUCAUUACAUCUUUAAUCUGAGAGACCUAUCAAACAUCUUCCAGGGGAUUUUGUUUGCUUCUCCUGAAUGCUUAAAGGUUUCAAAUGAUUUAAUACGCUUGUGGCUUCACGAAACUUCCCGUGUUUAUGGAGACAAACUGAUAGACACAAAGGAUUGUGAUUUGUUUCAGAAAAAAAUUCUGGAAAAUGCGUCUAAAUAUUUUGAAGGUGUGGAUAAUCGCAUGUUGCUUCAACAGCCCCUCAUUUAUUGCCACUUUGCAAAUGGGGGAGGAGAUCCAUGUUACAUGCCGGUGAAGGAUUGGGAGGAGCUGAAGACAAUUCUUACAGAAACAUUAGACAAUUACAAUGAACUGCAUGCUGCUAUGCACCUAGUUUUAUUUGAAGAUGCCAUGCAACAUGUGUGCCGCAUCGGUCGAAUCCUAAGAACCCCUCAGGGCUAUGCACUCUUGGUUGGAGUGGGAGGCAGUGGUAAGCAGAGCCUGUCUCGUCUGGCAGCUUACAUUUGUAACCUGGAGGUGUUUCAGAUCUCUCUGACUGAAGGAUAUGGAAUUCAGAACCUUCGAGAUGAUCUUGCCAAUUUGUACAUCAGAACAGGAGCCAAGAACAUGCCCACUGUGUUCCUGCUGACAGAUGCCCAGGUUCUAGAUGAGAGCUUUCUGGUGCUGAUUAAUGACUUGCUGGCAUCAGGAGAAAUCCCAGAUCUGUUCAGUGAUGAAGAUAUGGAUAAGAUAAUUUCUGGAAUUUGUCCUGAAGUUCGUGGUUUGGGCAUGGUGGACUCCAGAGAAAAUUGCUGGAAAUUCUUUUUGACCAGGGUACGACUACAGCUCAAAAUUAUUUUGUGUUUCUCUCCAGUUGGUCACACACUGAGAGUUCGGGCUCGGAAGUUCCCAGCCAUAGUGAAUUGCACAGCUAUUGAUUGGUUUCAUGAGUGGCCACGGGAGGCUCUGGUCUCAGUCAGCAGGAGGUUCAUUGAGGAAACCAGAGGACUUGAGCUGCUGAACAAAGAUUCCAUUAGCCUUUUUAUGGCACAUGUUCACACGAGCGUAAAUGAAAUGAGUACCAGGUAUUACCAGAAUGAGAGAAGGCACAACUAUACCACCCCAAAGAGCUUUCUUGAACAAAUCUCACUGUUUAAAAACCUGUUGAAGAAGAAGCAAGAAGAAGUUUCCCAGAAAAGGGAGCACUUGGUGAAUGGCAUUCAGAAACUCAAAACCACAGCUUCUCAGGUUGAAGAUCUCAAAGCCAGACUUGCUUCUCAAGAAGCUGAGUUGCAACUGAGAAAUGUGGAUGCUGAGGCUCUGGUCACAAAGAUCGGCCUUCAGACGGAGAAAGUGAGCCGGGAAAAGGCCAUCGCCGAUGCCGAGGAGCAAAAGGUGGCAGCCAUUCAGACCGAAGUAUCCCAGAAGCAGAGAGAGUGUGAGGCUGACGUACUCAAGGCAGAGCCUGCGCUUGUAGCAGCUACGGCUGCACUCAACACACUCAACAGGGUGAAUCUCACUGAGCUGAAAGCCUUCCCCAACCCACCGAAUGCCGUUACCAACGUCACUGCAGCUGUGAUGGUUCUCCUGGCUCCCAAGGGUAGAGUGCCCAGAGACCGCAGUUGGAAAGCAGCUAAAGUCUUCAUGGGAAAGGUUGAUGAUUUCCUGCAAGCGUUAAUUAACUAUGACAAAGAACACAUUCCAGAGAACUGUCUAAAAGUGGUGACUGAACAGUAUUUGAAAGACCCAGAGUUCAAUCCAAACCUGAUUCGGACCAAAUCUUUUGCAGCUGCUGGUCUCUGUGCCUGGGUCAUCAACAUCAUUAAAUUCUAUGAGGUCUACUGUGAUGUGGAGCCAAAACGCCAAGCAUUAGCUCAAACUAACUCAGAAUUGGCUGCAGCUACUGAAAAACUAGAGACCAUCCGGAAAAAGCUUGUGGAUCUGGAUCGAAAUCUGAGCAAACUCACAGCUUCAUUUGAAAAAGCAACAGCUGAGAAAGUCCGGUGUCAAGAAGAGGUGAACCAAACCAACACAACUAUUGAACUAGCUAACAGACUGGUCAAGGAACUUGAGGUAAAAAAGAUUCGCUGGGGUCAAUCUAUUGAAUCCUUUGAAGCCCAAGAGAAGACACUCUGUGGAGAUGUUCUCCUUACAGCAGCAUUUGUAUCUUAUGUUGGGUCUUUUACAAAACAGUAUCGCCAGGAACUGGUAGUCUGCAAAUGGAUUCCCUUUCUUCAGCAGAAGGUUUCCAUUCCAAUAACUGAAGGCCUGGACUUGGUAGCCAUGUUGACAGAUGAUGCUACAAUUGCUGGCUGGAAUAACGAAGGACUGCCCAGUGACCGAAUGUCAACUGAAAAUGCCACUAUCCUAACGCACUGUGAGCGUUGGCCCCUGAUGAUAGAUCCCCAGCAACAAGGAAUUAAGUGGAUCAAGAAUAAGUAUGGAGCUGACCUCAAAGUCACACAUCUGAGCCAGAAAGGGUUUUUGAACACUAUUGAAACAGCGUUGGCCUUUGGAGAUAUCGUCUUAAUUGAAAACAUUGAUGAAGUAAUAGAUCCUGUGCUUGACCCACUGCUUGGCAGGAACACAAUUAAAAAAGGAAAGUAUAUCAGGAUUGGAGAUAAAGAAUGUGAAUUUAACAAGAACUUUCGCCUGAUCCUUCACACAAAACUGGCAAAUCCUCACUAUAAGCCAGAACUGCAGGCUCAGACAACCCUCCUCAAUUUCACAGUCACAGAAGAUGGGCUGGAGGCCCAGCUGCUCGCAGAGGUCGUCAGUAUUGAAAGGCCAGAUCUGGAGAAACUUAAGCUGGUUUUAACAAAGCACCAAAAUGACUUCAAGAUUGAGCUGAAGCAUCUGGAAGAUGACCUCCUUCUGCGCCUCUCUGCAGCCGAGGGGAGCUUUUUAGAUGACAGCAAACUAGUGGAGAGACUAGAGACCACAAAGGCCACUGCGGCGGAGAUAGAGCGCAAGGUAAUUGAAGCCAAAGAAAAUGAAACCAAAAUCAACGAGGCCCGAGAAUGUUACAGACCAGUGGCAGCCAGGGCAUCUCUUCUUUACUUCGUUAUUAAUGACCUCAAGAAAAUCAACCCAAUCUAUCAAUUCUCAUUAAAGGCUUUCAACACACUGUUCCUCAGAGCGAUCGAGCAGGCCGACAAGGGGGAGGACCCACAAGAGCACAUCUCCAACCUGCUGGAGAACAUAACCCAUGCUGUCUUCCUCUACACCAGCCAGGCGCUCUUUGAGAAGGACAAGCUCACCUUCCUUUCCCAGAUGGCUUUCCAGAUUUUGUUGCGGAAGAAUGAGAUAGACCCCGUUGAACUGGAUUUCCUGCUUCGAUUCACAGUUGAACACACCUACCUGAGUCCUGUUGACUUUCUGACUGCUCAGUCUUGGAGUGCUAUUAAGACAGUAGCUCUGAUGGAAGAAUUUCGAGGCAUCGAUCGAGAUGUGGAAGGAUCCGCCAAGCAGUGGAAGAAGUGGGUGGAAUCCGAGUGUCCAGAAAAAGAAAAGUUGCCACAAGAAUGGAAGAAGAAAAGUUUAAUACAGAAGCUAAUUAUUUUACGAGCAAUGCGCCCGGACAGAAUGACAUAUGCGCUCAGGAAUUUUGUGGAGGAAAAACUGGGUGCAAAGUAUGUAGAAAGAACCAGAUUGGAUUUAGUGAAAGCAUUUGAGGAAAGCAGUCCAGCGACCCCAGUGUUCUUCAUCCUGUCUCCAGGAGUAGAUGCUCUUAAAGACCUAGAGAUCUUGGGCAAAAAGCUUGGCUUUACAAUUGACUCAGGAAAAUUCCACAAUGUGUCUUUGGGACAAGGUCAGGAGAUGGUGGCAGAAAUGGCACUGGAGAAGGCUUCUGAAGGAGGACACUGGGUCAUCCUCCAAAAUGUCCAUUUGGUAGCCAAGUGGCUAGGAACCUUGGAGAAGCUGCUUGACCGAUUCAGCCAAGGAAGCCAUGGUGACUACAGAGUUUUCAUGAGUGCUGAGUCAGCACCUGUACCAAAGGAGCAUAUCCUUCCCCCAGGACUCCUGGAAAACUCCAUCAAAAUCACUAAUGAGCCUCCCACAGGAAUGCUGGCCAAUUUGCAUGCUGCCCUCUACAACUUUGAUCAGGAAACACUUGAAAUUUGCUCCAAGGAGCAGGAGUUUAAAAGCAUCCUCUUUUCUCUGUGCUACUUCCAUGCCUGUGUUGCUGGGAGACUACGAUUUGGCCCCCAGGGCUGGAGCCGCAGCUAUCCCUUCAAUUCGGGAGACCUCACCAUUUGUGCCAAUAUCCUCUACAACUAUUUAGAAACAAAUCCUAACGUCCCAUGGGAAGACCUCCGGUACCUCUUUGGUGAGAUCAUGUAUGGGGGCCACAUCACAGAUGACUGGGAUCGCAAGCUCUGCAGAGUGUAUUUAGAAGAAUUCAUGAAUUCGUCUUUGGUUGAAGAUGAGCUUUUGCUGGCACCAGGAUUUGCAGCCCCACCCAACCUGGAUUAUUCCGGCUACCACCAAUACAUAGAGGAGAUGCUUCCUCCAGAGAGCCCAGCACUGUACGGCCUCCAUCCAAAUGCUGAAAUAGAAUUCCUGACAGUAACGUCCAAUGCGCUCUUCAGGACCUUAUUGGAGAUGCAGCCUAGGAAAGCAUUCAGCAGUGAGGAACUGGGCCAAUCUGCAGAAGAUAAGGUUAAGAGCAUCUUAGAUGACAUUUUGGAAAAACUUCCAGAAGACUUUAACAUGGCUGAAAUAAUGCAAAAAUCUUCACAUAGAAGCCCCUAUGUGCUUGUUUGCUUCCAAGAAUGUGAGAGGAUGAACAUUCUCCUUCAAGAAAUCCGUAGGUCACUUCAACAAUUAGACCUUGGUUUAAAGGGGGAGUUAACACUGUCUCCUGAUAUGGAAGUCCAACAAUCUGCAUUGUGUUACGACAUAGUACCAGACACUUGGGGAAAGCUGGCGUAUCCAUCAACUUAUGGCCUGGCCCAGUGGUUUAAUGACCUCCUUUUGCGAUGCCGAGAACUGGAUACCUGGACCCAAGACCUUGUCCUUCCCGCUGUGGUGUGGCUCUCUGGAUUCUUCAACCCACAGUCCUUUUUAACAGCAAUCAUGCAGACCAUGGCUCGAAAAAAUGAAUGGCCACUGGAUAAAAUGUGCUUGACUGUUGAUGUUACCAAGAAGACUAAGGAAGAUUACGGCCAUCCCCCAAGGGAGGGCGCGUACCUCCAUGGGCUCCUCAUGGAAGGUGCCAGGUGGGACAUGCAGUCAGGUACCAUUGCUGAAGCCCGCCUCAAGGAGCUGACGUCCAUGAUGCCAGUCAUCUUCGCAAAAGCCAUACCCGUGGACAGACAGGAAACCAAACACACCUAUGAGUGCCCUGUGUACAAAACCAAAAGGAGGGGCCCCAACUACGUGUGGACCUUCAGGCUGAAGAGCAAAGAAAAGACUGCAAAAUGGGUUCUGGCAGGCGUGGCCCUGCUGCUGGAAGCAUAA